UCUCUCUCUCUGGGGUGGGCGCCGUUACCUGGUUACAGCAGGGCGAUGGAGCGUCUGCUCAUAACGAGCUGAGGAGCAGCGAGUAAUGCUGAGUUGGUGACUGAGGAGGACUCUCUAUCACACACAAACACACACACACUGAACAUACACACACACACACACCUUCAGCACGCGCGCGCGGUGUUGGAGAGCAGGACAGAAGACCCGCGCCGCGCUUUUCCCGCCUUUUUCCGCAUCUCUCGCGCAGAGCUGGGUUUACACGCCUGGUGAAGACGCUUAAGGCUAGCUAGAAACACCAGAAAAAAAAAAAAAAAACUCGCAUUUUCAUUUUCUGACAGAACUGUGACAACUUUCCUCUCAGGAUGAACUCCAGGGACUGCAGUCCGCCGCUUUAUCCUGCUUUAUUCAUGGAAAAUGGCCAUCAGCUGAGCCCAGCCUGAGAUAGAAAGAAGACAGUCAGAGAAGUGAUGGAGUUCAACUCAGACCCUUCUACUUUAGUGGAACUUUGGGCCAACAGCUCCCUUUCAGAGCUGUUCCCUUUCAACGAAUCGAUUGUCAAUGACACAUGCCCUAAUAACACAUCCAAAUGCUCUAAUGAAACUACAUCUGGGGGGCGGCCAGGCACAGGAGUGACUGGAGUCCUAAUCUCACUAAUUUACAUCAUCGUCUGUAUUGUUGGCUUGGGCGGUAACACUCUGGUUAUCCACAUAGUACUACAUUAUUCCAAGACGGAAUCUGUCACCAACAUCUAUAUCCUCAAUCUGGCUAUUGCUGAUGAGCUUUUCAUGCUAGGCCUUCCAUUCCUAGCUGUGCAGAAUGCCAUGAUGUCUUGGCCGUUUGGCUCCUUCAUGUGCCGCCUGGUAAUGACCGUUGACGGAAUCAAUCAAUUCACCAGUAUCUUCUGUUUGACGGUGAUGAGCAUUGACCGUUAUUUGGCUGUGGUGCAUCCCAUCCGCUCCUCCAAGUGGAGAAGGCCACAGGUGGCCAAAGCAGUGAACGCAUCGGUAUGGGCUGUGUCCUUCUUGGUGGUCUUACCUAUGUUUAUCUUUGCCGAUGUUAUUGAACAAGGAGGCACGUGCAACAUCAACUGGCCUCAACCUCUGGAAAUCUGGCGGGCCGCAUUCAUUAUUUACACCUCCACAGUGGGAUUCUUCUUCCCAUUACUGGUCAUCUGUAUGUGUUACCUGCUCAUUGUGGUCAAGAUCCGCAGCUCGAGCAAGAAGGUCCAUGCCACUUCCACCAAACGGCGCAAGUCAGAGCGCAAGGUCACCCGCAUGGUCGUGAUUGUGGUGGCAGUGUUUGUUUUCUGCUGGCUCCCGUUCUAUGCUCUCAACAUCGUAAACUUGAUUGUGUCUGCACCCAGUAACCUGCAGGGCUUCUACUACUUUGUGGUGGUCCUGUCUUAUGCCAACAGCUGCGCCAAUCCUAUUGUUUAUAGUUUCCUCUCUGACAACUUCAAGCGGGGUUUCAGGAAGGCACUGUGUCGCUCUUCGAGAAAGGUGGAAAACCACGAACCUCCAGAGCGCCAGGAUCAGGAAGAGCGCAAACAGAUACUGAUGCCUCGAGAGAGCCUGCGCAGGGCUGUUCGAGAUGACGAAGAGGAGGACGAGGAAGAGGACAGGGAGGAAGUGACGGAAAUGACAGAAAUCUGCAAGAUCACCCAGAACGGAAAUGGAAGCGGGCAGGUCGAUUCUGCUCGCACCUUCUUCUCGGAAAGGCCGUUAGCUUCAGGGAUGUCUGAGCCUGGUACUCCAGACAGGAGAGGUUCUGGCUAUGGACCGUCCACAGCCUUGAUGAAUGGCACGAAAAAUGGCAGCGUAAAACCCUUACCAGAGGAACCUGUGGAGAAGAACACAUCACUUGAGAUCAGCUACUUGUAAAAUGACUCUACUUGCAAAUGUCUGUCUCUUGUGUUACUUGAAACAAAUCCACAGUAUUUUUAUCUCCCUGACAUUAAGUCUGACAUUAACUGCCACACUGGAGCCUUGGUCAGAAUUGCAGAUUUUCUCUGAUUUCAACAGAUUUUCAAAGAUUUUCUCAGAUAUUGUAAAAUGUUCUCAUAUGUUCUCUUCUCAAGACCAGAAUGUACAUACACUAAUGAUAUUUUCUGUCUUAUAAUCUUAGUAUAUCUCAACAACUGUCUGCCUUACCUUUUCACAUGUUCCCACCUCAAAGUUUGUAAAGAAAAUAUCAUGACUGUUCUGCUCUUUUUUUUUUUAAUUCCAUCUAAUCUAAUACAUGCAUCCAUCAAUCUGCUUGCAUGACAGUUCUCCACAUUUGCCUUGGGGCUCUAACCAACCUGCCUGAUACUGUUACAGUGGAGAAAAGCUGAUCUUUAGUUACACUCAAGUGUAAUCAAAUCAAGAAUGCUUUCCUUCAAGGGCACUGCCUCACAUUAGGACAUUAAGAAGGCAUUAUGGAAACAAAACUCUGUUAUAUUGUCUGCCAUGGAUUACAUAAGCGCAUUUGUCAAUCGCCUACUGCCAAUCUGUGCACAUCUGCACAAGGUUAUAGAUCAAUUUGGUGUUUAUGUUAUUUAAGGGUGGCUCUAUAUGUAUAUGUAUCCCAUGUAAAUAUGUUAUGGCAGCCUUUAACACAGACACAGUGCUGUGUUGGAUGGAAGAACCUUUUUGUGCAUUUCACUUUUUUUGUGAACAGUACUUGAUGUUUUGCAGUGCACUGUCAGGUAGGAACCUUCAAGCUGGCUGGGAAAAAAGCUGUAAAGCAGUCAUCUUUUGCAGAAGUUGAUGAAUCAUGUUUCAAUUUGCGGAACUGUCACUGAUAAAACAAUUACAGCAAGAAUGAAUGGUGCCGUAUGUUACAUUGUGAUUCAGAGCUUAUUGCUUAAACACCUGGAUUCACAAAAAAAUAAAUCCUAAAAAAAGCUUACAAAAGGACCUUAAGAUAAACACUAAAAAGGGGCCUAUUUAUCAACUGACCUUCUUAUGCAGAUCCAUACACCAUCCAUCAUCCAUCCAGAUGGAUUCUUAGAUAUUUGAGAGUAAUGAGAGUAACAAGGCCAGUCCAUAGUUCCAUUGAGCAAUUUUAUUUGAACAAAGACAAAGAGCAUAAAAGGCCCACCAAUAAGCAACAGUUGUCCCUUAACAUGGCGACUCCACCAACAGAGACACUUAUCCACCUUUCACCCCAAACUCAGGAGGAUAAAUAACACUGCCAUCCAAACCACCACAACAAAAUCCAACUUAUUAAACUAAGCUUUCAAAAAAAACAAUUAGGACAGGAACUAGAAUGAAGCAAAAGAAAAAUCAAAUAUUAAGAAAAUCCUGCUUGGAAAAUACUAGAAGUAUUUUUAGUAUGUAUGAAAAAUCACAAAAUAUAUUACAUUAAUAACAAGAGCUACACUAAUAAUUGUAUUUGAAUUGGGUUGUAAUUCAGAUAAAUUAAGUAAAUUCACAGUUCAUUAUCAUCCAACAAAAGUUUCAUGGUUCACAUGAAUCUGCUCUUAUAAGGAUGAAUCCAUUUCAAAUCAGUGCACUAUUUUUGUGAAAUCUGUGUAUGUGGGUUUUUUAAAGAAGAAAUGUCUUCUUUAGAAUGGUUGAUGAAUAAGGCACAUUUGUUUUUUCUUUCUAGUUCUAUCCACAUCCCUAUUCUUUUCCCCAGUUUGGAAGACAAAUUACCCAACCCAUUCUUUAGGACUCCCCCUAGCUCUAGUAGUAGUGCCCCCAACCACUGUCUCUUUUUAAAGUGAUGUUGGUUUAGCAUUACUGUGUUGCUAGUACACUCAGAAGAAAGCGCAGAAACCCAUCUUUAAUACUGUACAUCAGCCAGCAGAUGUCUGGGCUGACCAACAUCGCCUUGGGAGUGAUGAAGGGAGAGAGCACCAUCUACCCAUUCAGAGAUAGCAAGGCCAAUGUUACUCUCUCUCUCUGACUCUGGCUGCUGAUGGCAGGCAACAUUGUCUAACAAUCCUUGGAACAUGGGGGCAGCAUCUUACUCCACUGGACUACUCAGAGCUCCCGAUUAUGGUCCAUUCUUAUAAACUGCUUAUUAUUUAUCUGAAGGUUCUUCUUUAUAUAUUAAAUAUUAAAGAGCAUAUUCAUGAGAAAAAAAAGAUUCACUGAUUUUUUUUUAAGAACAACUAUUUCUUUUAACUUUUAAGAAAAGUUAAGAAAAGAGAGGUGCACACCUAUAGACACUUUUCUAAAUCCUAAUAAUAAUAUAAAAACGUAAGCACCAGCUUUUCUGAGAUUGAUCAGAAAAGAAAAAAUAGACCAUACUGGCUAAAACCACAAUGGCUCUAAGUGCCUCUUUCCCAAGAUAAACCCAUUGUAUUCUCCAGCAGUUUAGGUAGCUGAUCUAUAAAGACCUAGAUUUGUAAGGGAGCUGUAAAUAAAGCACUUUCAGCACAUUCAGAUCCACACAUACUGUAAGAUCACCCAUCCGCCUACCCAUUCACACACACACACAGGAGCUAUGACACAGAACUGGGCUCGAAAUGAUUACAGGUUACACAAUGCUGACAGCCAUACUGGUGAUAGAUUUCACAUUUCACAGCUUUCACUAUGGUGUGAGUGAGAAAGCGUCGGGUGUUGAACUACCACUGCUGUUUGGUUAAAACCCGUCUUGUUUACUGUGAUUCUCUGCUAUUAUUAUCCGUUCCUCAGCAGCGUGGUGUUACUCACAGAUCGAACAGUCCAGCUCAGACUCAGAUACAAGCAUCCAUUUCUGGCUGUGGGCAGCGAUGCACUGAGCAGAUGACCGUGUGACUGGACCAGCCUCUGGAUCAUAAUGAAUUUCUGUGGAUUCAUUGGAUGCUUUCCGCCCACGGAGACCCGCCCACGUGUGACACGGCUACACAAAAAGCCAAGCAGUGCUGAGGGCUGCGGGUAAACACCAUGACAUUAUCCACCUCCUGGCACGGACUUCUAUGGGGCCCUUGUGCAAACAACGUCAUUAGCUCAAGGGUGAAAAUGCAAUGGCAAGCCCACAUAUCCUCGAUGGCUACCAAGCUUUUCUUUUUUUUUUUUUUUUGGUUGUUUGGUUUGUACUUUGUUUAUUUAUUUGUUUGUUUCUUUAUUUGGUUUGUGCUGCUCUUUCCAGUCUCCAGCGCUAGUGUCUGUUCUACGUUAGCCGCGCCGUCUCGGACUCAGGUGUCUAAUGUAAAUGAAAUCGAAUUAUGGAUGUUGGCUGAGAACAGCAGUCCAGACUUUGUUUUGUGUCACUUAUAUCCUCAGUGUCAGUAAGCCACCAGCCAGCCAGCUGUCUUUUUUAACCAGUGGGAAUCAUUUCCACUUAAGCUUUGCUUUUUCUUUCUCUUUCAAGAAGAUAAAGACACAGUGGUCAGCUCUUCUAAAAGACUGUGAUUUUCUCUGCUACUUUGAACAAUAAAGGUGCUUCAAACGGUU